AUGGCCCUGGGAAAGGACCGAGGAAGGCGAGACAUCAACAAACGGCAAACGACAGUGCCAAUGCCACUUCCAAUGCCAAUGCCAAUGACUGACAGCAUCUUGCCGAGCCGAUUCUCUGCACGAAAUUCGACCCGCCCGCUACGUCACGUCUCGACCUUCGACGACGCAUCCUUUUCCUCGCUCGUCGUGCCCUCCGCGGAGGUCGACGGGCGUGGAUUGCUCCAGUCCAUCAUGAGCCUCUACACUGAGCCACCCGAGUUGCGCAGUUCCUCGCAGGACAAGCCCUCGCUAUUGGUUUGUUGGUGGAUAACCUCAUUCUGCACUGUUAUUAUCCUACUGCGGGUUGCCGGCCGCUUCAUUCGAACCGAAAAAUUAUUUCAAGAGGACAAAGUCGCAGCACUCGCCCUGAUCCCUCUAUGGCUCCGCAUGGUUUGCGUGCAUUUUGUCUUGCUCUACGGGACUAACAAUGCCGAAUUUGACGGCAUCGCAUUAUCCGCCGAGGUCGAGCGCAGGAAGGAAAUCGCAAGUGGUCUCGUGCUUGCCAGCCGAAUCUUCUACGCAGCAACACUGUGGAUUCUCAAGAACACUAUUUUAGAGUUCUUCAAGCGUCUGACUGGCGUCACUUGGGCACGUUCCUACGAACAGACGCUGGUGUUCAUCAGAUGCACCUUGGUCGCAACCUUCAUCGCCAUUAUCAUUAGCGAUUUGGCGGAAUGUCGGCCUUUCAAUCACUACUGGCAGGUUACUCCUGACCCGGGUGGUCAAUGCCGCCAAGGGUUCGCUCACCUCCUCACCAUGGCGACUUGUAACAUCAUCACCGAUUUGCUACUGGUCUUCUUCCCGAUUCCCAUUAUUCUGCGCAGUCAGAUGAAUGUGAAGAGAAAGAUUCAGCUCACCCUGCUCUUCUCGCUUAGCCUGGCCGUCGUUGGUGUUACUAUUUAUCGUGUCCCCCAUGUCAUGAGGGCACAUGGCAAACAGCAGCUGCGUUCCGUGCUGGCAUCCGUUGAGCUCCUUUUCGCAACAACGGCUGCAAAUGCCCUAGUCUUGGGCUCAUUUGUUCGUGAUCGCGGCUUGAAGAAACAAAAGUUCAAGUACGGCUCUGUGGCAGAAGAUUCAAUAGAUCGCAGAGGCUCCGACUCGCGGCGUCCCACUCUCCAUCGUCAUUGGGGAAGUGACGAAGACCUCGUCCGAGAUGUCGGCCUUGGUGUUGAUCCUGACCUACGAGAACGCGAUGAGGAACGGGACGAGUUCGACAACGAACAACAACGGUACACUCCCGCACCAAUGGCCAAACCGUUUGGCGAGGAGCUGAGACAGUGGCAAUUCCCUCAGCGGCAACGAAGCAAUGCCGAGCGCAGCGACGCUUCUCUCUUACCCCACGACCUUUCUUCCUCAAGGAGCAACUCGACCACGACACCGCGCAGGGUCUCCUUUUUCGACGUCGGGGGUUUGUUGUCAGAGGAACAGGUUGGAGUCGGCCAGACACUCCGCAGGGACAGCAUUGUCUCAAGCGUGGACCCUAUGGCAUCUAGCGUCCACGGUGUCCCGUCACCCACCCUACCCGCCGGAUCGAAUGGUUUACGUCGCGGAUCAACAGCACUCCUGCAAGAUCUUGGCGGGCUUUUGGGGCCCACGAAACCGUCGCGACAAAGAUCCAGGACUGGCACGGAAUUGCAACCCAUUCCUCAAUCGCAACACGAUGAUCAUCCAUCUUACAACCCUCGCCCCGGCGAGCCAACACUUAUCGAUCCUGGUGGCUUACUCAAGUAG